UAGGUGGUUGGCAUCCACGAAGGGGUGAGUGACUUACUUAAGUGAAGUAGGCCUUGAACUUCACAGAAUUCAUGAAAAGUAAAUUCUAAAGGUGGAAGGGAGGGGGAAUGAUUAAAGCCUUUAAGUCCUCAAGGGAAAGGUCAAUUUUUUUUUUAAUUGCUGAUAAAAGGACCUAGUAUAAACUUAUUGAUUGAGAAAAGCAGGCCUAUAGUAGUUUGGAAGAUGGUCUUGAGUAAGUACGGUUAAUUGAAUUGGGGUGUAAUUAAAGGCCUUGGUUUAGAAUAUUAGAUGAUCCGCUUUGUUGUUGAAAUUAAGAGAGGAGUUGACAUACAAAUAAGAGGAAGAUAAAUCUUGUUCCUGUGAGGAGGGCCACUUAUGUAGGGAAGACCCCUGUUGAAAGGUUCUAGGCCUUAGUUGAGCAGUUACAGGGACUCAACACCAUUCUUGUAGUGUCAUUUUAUUGCACCAAAUAUGUUCCUGUGUAAUAAAUGGAAUUUUGAAAAUGCUGUUAUCCUAUGGAUGGCCCUUCUGAUGUGAGAACGUGUCUCUUCAAACCACAGAGCCCCUUACAAAUGUCGACAAACCUCUUGCCUUUUGCAGUUCUCCUUGGUCAUGGCUUACGUAACACAGAGUUCUCUGAACAGAUGGACUGUGGUUUAAUAUCAUGUGAUUGGGUCACAUCUUUGCUUCCUGCUUCUGGAAUUGAGGGCAGAUGCUGGCAUAUUUCUCAGGGAUUUUUUAAUGCUUUGUCCCAUAGAACUAGCUUGAGGAAAGUUUUGGAGUCUUCUCAAAAUGUAUGGUCUGUUCUGACCCAACCUAACUCCGAUACUUAGGAUAAUAUUUAAUGCCAUUCUUAACUGAAUUUUCUCAAUGUCAAAUCCAGGCAGUCUCCAUAAACAUUAAAAUUGUUUACCACUUUGAAUUAGAUCCAAUUUUUUGUGUUUUGUUUGCUUUCCAGGUAAGUUUCUUGUGGCUACCCUUCUUCAUCAUGAAGAAAAUUGGUUGGUAGACUUGUAAUUAUUCAUCUCAGACAUCACUUUCUUAAAUACUAGUGGACUAAGUCCAGUUGGUUUUAUGGUCCAAUUUUAUAGAUCAGAUCAAAUCUUUUGUAAAGCUGCUCCCUCAACGAUUUCUAAUCUAACUUUAAAAAAAAUUGACUUGCAGAGUAUACACACAGGUUGCUUUGAAAUUUCUUGAAGGGUUACAAGAAUAUGCUACAUAUUCUACCUGUCUUGUCUCGUUUAAUUCUCUCUUUUUUUUCUUUGACCAUGGCUAAUAUGCCAUCAUUUAAUUCUCAUAACCAACCUUGAAUGGUAGUUGUAUAGAGUACCAAAACUUCUUACUUAUUUGCUGGUUAAUUUCCAAACUCUUAAGUCCAUUUGUUCCCAGAUACAGGUGGCCAGUGCUCAGAAGAUAACUGUAGGUUUUGAUAACAUCAGCUCUACCCCAAGAUUCUUUUCAACUCUAAACAUUAUCUAAAGGUGUUAGUAUUUUUUCAUCCUCUAAUCGUAAAUACAUAUAUAAAAGAAAGACACUGCUUUGAAUGGCACAGAUGUAGACUAACAGUAGUUCAACCACUGAGACUCAAAUGCUUUUUUAUUACCAUAAACCCCAUCUGCCUGGGUAGGCAGAAUUGACACAAUUUUGCUCAGAUUGGAACCUAGUUCAUAUCUAUGAAAGAAGACCCUCUUUGUUUCCAUUUUAUAGACCAGGAAACUGAAGAUGCGCUGUUAAUGAAAGGUGGAGCCUGCAUUUGAGCACUCCAGGAUAUGUGCUCUUUUCCUAUACAGAUGCUCCUCUACUUAUGGUGGGGUCACAUACGUCCAUGCUACUUUCAUAUAGAGUAAAUACAUUGUUAGAGCCACUUCAGCAGGAAAGUUUUUCUCUUUUUUGCAAACCAUGAGAACUUGCUUCAGAUUGUCUUGAUUACAGUUUUACUGUUUCUUUGCAACUGCAGGCUAUUCAGAUACUAACAGUCUUUCUUUAACAUCAUAUUUUUAGGUAAUUUGAAUCUCCCUGAUGUGUCCAGUGAUAGUUGAUCACUUACUAUUUGUAUUGAUUUAUACAUAUAUUCAUAGCAAAUUCUUUUCUUCUAAAAGUAACAUAAGCACAGGACUGAAAAUUUGUAUUAGAGAAAAGAAAAAAGCCAUCACCAGCCAUUAUUAACAUUUUGGAAUAUCCUGCACCCAUGCUUUUUUUUUUUUUUUUUUUUUUUUUUGAGUAUAAAAAACCAUUCUUGGGCUGGGCAUGGUGGCUCACACCUGUAAUCCCAGCACUUUGGGAGGCCAAAGUGGGUGAAUCACGAGGUCAGGUGUUCGAGACCAGCCUGGCCAACAUGAUGAAACCCUGUCUCUACUAAAAAUACAAAAAAUUAGCUGGACGUAGUGGCAGGCACCUGUAAUCCCAGCUACUUGGAGGCUGAGGCAGGAGAAUCACUUGAACGCGGGAGGCGGAGUUUGCAGUGAGCCAAGAUCGUGCCACUGCACUCCAUCCCGGGCAACAGAGUGAAACUCCAUCUCAAAAAAAAAAAAAAAAAGCAACAAACCAUUCUUUAAUCAUUCUAUUUCAGCAGUUUAUGAAAGCUAAUGGAAGUGUUUAAAUUGACAAAGAGCUUCAGUUUACAGAGGAAAGAGCUUCAGUUUACAGCGGAAAUGGCUCAUCUAUUCUUAGCAAAUAUUUAGUAGUGAUCAACAUGAUGAGAAAUAUAGGAAAAGUAAGAGGCAGUCUUGCUUUUCAAAAAAUUGAUGCUGAGGAAAUACGACUACAGACUCAGUACUACCAACCACAGCGACUGCUUUACAGAGGAGGUAGGACUUGAUCUCUCUGCCUUGCAGGAGGGUAGGGCUUUGAGUGGAUGUGUGGUGGAAAGGAGGCACUCCUUGGCUGGAGAGGAUGGCAUGUGUGGAGAAAGAGCAUUCUAAGUUUCAGGAUUUCUAAGGGGAGAAAUGGAAGUUCAUGGUGUAAAGGGUGGGCUCAGAGAAUUAUGGGCCUUGAAAAUCAGGUGAGAGGUUUUAAUGUGGAAAAAGAAUGUCUAAUUGUGCCACAGAGGGAAUGGAUCAGGGUGGCUACCCAGGGAAAUUUUGGAGUUGGUUUGAUGGCAUUGAGAAACAGGGUGAAAUGGUGACUGUAUGACAUUUGAAACAAAGAAAUCAGAAGAAUUAGUAGUAGGGGCCUGUGUGUGGCUGUUCCCUUGCUUGUGUGCUCUUCCCUCACAUACCUGCAUGGCUUCCUCCCUCACCUCCUGCAAGUCUUUGCUCAGAUGACACCUUUUUCUCUGUGAGGCUUAUCCUGCCACCUUUUAAAAUAUUGUCAUCAUCCUACAGUGCUUUCCCUCUCUGUAACAAUAUCUUCUAACAUAUUGUAUUUAUUUACUUAUCACAUAUACUUAUUUAUUGAUACUUAUUUAUUGAUACUGUUUAUUGUCUCCUUCCUAUCAUUCUAAGCUUUGUGAAAGUGGAUGUCUUUGUUUUGUUCACUAAUGUAUCUCAAGUGUAUAGAAAGUGCCUGGUGCAUCCUAGGCACUCACCAAAUAUUUGUUGAGUGGCAGUAGGUCUUAGCUGUAAAGAGGUGGAGUACAGAAAUUAAGAGUGACUCCAUGAAAGAAAAAAAGAAUGACUCCCAAGCUUUUUUAGGCUGGAUAAUGCCUUUAACUUAGUGAGUAAUUUGGCACGAGGAUUAAGGGGAGACGAAUUCUGGUUUAAGCAUGUUGAGUUUGAGGUGAAGGUAGCCAAAUAAAAUUGCUUAGUAGUCAGCAAAGAUAAAAAAAAUGGAACCUAGUUGGAAAUGGGAGAGAACCUUAAGCAAAGAAAUGGCUACUAGCAUCUAGCAUUCACCUCAUAUUCUCUCUCUCUCUCUCUCUCUCUCUUUCUCUUUCUCUUUUAGGGGUAGGAGGAUUCUAGUGUCCUAAAACGCUACCUUAAAUGGAGUUUUUAUUUAGACCUUGAAGUCCUAGCUUGUAUCUGGAGUCCCGGUCCCUUUGCUGGGAUAUGGUUCUCUCCUGUUUUUCAGGUUCAUGCUUUCUAUUUUUCCCCUACCUCUCUUAGUAAAGAUGUAUAUAUUCAGAAUUACUUGUGAUCUUCUGGUUGUAUUGAAAUUAACCUUCAGACAGUGCUGCUUUCUCUGCAGUAAUGCGUUUGAUCUCUUGGGAGUGUGGUUCUUGGCUGAGAUAAAAGAGAGGAAGUUUCCUGCUUGCGGCCUAGGCCUCAGGUCAUGGUUGCUGAUGUUACAGGUGUCAGCUUUAUUAUCUCCUGGAGCUCCCUGAUGGCUAUCCUUUUAAAUGCUUUUCCUGUUGUUUUUCUCAAUGAACCAAACACUGGUGCAGUUGUAUCCCUAGACCAUCUCUCUUUUUCUAUUUGGAUUGAUCUAACUUAAGUUUUUCUUUCAGUUUUGAAGGCAGAUUAAAUUCAUGUGACUCGGUUGUCAGAAAUUUAAUGAAAUCUUUGUUUAUAGGAGUAGUAUAUAAGCCCCAACAUAUCUGGCUGUAAUUAGAGUCUAAUCAGUGUAUCUGUGACUCACUUUUCAAAAGAGGAUAGUUCCUAAUUUACCUGAUCAUUGUGAAAAUAGUGUACAGUAGUAUUUACACUUAGUACAUAGCCUGACACCAGUAGGUGUUCAAUAAAGGGGAAUUAUUAUAUAUUUAAAUAAGUGAAAGAAUGUCUUCUGAAAGAAGAAAUACAUGUCUGUGUAAUGAAGAACUAGAAUUAAUUGGUAGACUGAAAGGCAGAAUUCAGCUCAGUGUAAGGAAUGACUCUCUACCAUAGCUGUCAAAAUGGAACAUUGUAAGGUAGUAUGUUCCCUGUCACACUGGAACUAUUCAGGCAGAGGCUAGAUAGGCUUCUGUCUGAGAAAUUGUAGAAGGAAUUUCUUACAUUAGGUGGGAGGUGGGACUUGUUUAUCUGUAAGCUCUGUUUCUCCUCUAGAAUUCUGUACUUUUGGGCAUAAUUCAAGCUUCCUUGCUUACCGAUUUUAGCCAAAUAUAGUCUAAAUAUCCCUAGGAUUCAUGGCUUCAAGAUGAGCAGUAUCUUGUAGCUCCUGUAUUAUACGAGAAAAGUUAGUUUAUCCAUUGAUUGGCUUGUAUUCUGGUCAUUUUCCAAAAAAGGAUUUUGGAAGCGUGAAAUAAUAGCAAAUUCAGUAAGACCAAAUCUACUGACCACAAAAGAUAAGAAUCAGUAAGUCAAAAAGCAAAAGAAAAAGAGAACAAUUAUCUGUAAGUUUAGCUGAGGAAAGCUUUAAAAGUUGAACACAGUACUUAGCUCUGAGUUCUCUGGUAACCAAGGCAAGUAAGGAAGACUGAUAAUUUGCAUAGAUCUCAUCACCUAUCGAGAAUUCAUGAGGAGGCUGCCACCUUCCUUAAUAAAGUGGAGCCCCAAACGCCAAGAUUAUAAUACAGGGAGAAUCUCCAAGUGGUAAGGGUUUAUUGUUGGAUCUGGCAGUAAUCUGAUUCUUGUUCUGAGGCUUCCCCCUUUAACACGUAUUGAGGGUUCAAUUUAGUGCUGCUGCCUCCAUCUUCUCCAGUUUAAGUCUCUGAUCCAAGUAUGAACACAUUAGUCUUUCUCUAAUGCCAGUGGAACAGCUGAUGUAAGACUAGGACAUUUAAAUCAAGCUUUGCUAAAAGCUAGAGGAUAAUGAAUAGAGAGCAACAUGAAACUAUUCAGUCUGGCUUACAAAGACAUUUUUCUCAUGCCCUUAUCUUUUGGUGUGUCUCCAUUUGAUACACUUCAUCUGAGUACUGCCACCAAAGGCAGAGCCAGACAUUUACCUUCAAACAGGUGCAAGUCAGUAAGAUCCAGAGUGUCUUUGCUUGGGUUUCUUGUUUGAAGAACUGCUUCAUUUCUGAGUAAUGGAUGUUGGGAAUGAUUACUUUAGGAGAGACCACACUUAGAUUCUGAGAGUGUGGCCCUACUGUACUGGUCUCACAGUAAUCCCAGUAUUCAUGGAAAAGAUAGGCACGUACAUUAGCAUGAGGGCAUUCUUUGGUUAGAAGCGUUCUGAUUUCAUUGGGAAAAACAAGCUUCUCUCUGUUCUUGAGCAAAAGCUUUUAUAGAAGUCUUUGUACAUGGGCCAUUGAAAAAUAAAGUGAACAAUUCAGGUUUAUCACUCUCAUGAUUUGUAAGGAUUCACUUUUCCUUUUUUCUGCAGUUGCUGUGCUACUUCAGGUCUGUUCCAGUGUUUCCUUGUUCUCACCACCAAGACUGAACCUCCUUAUUUUUGUUCAUUUGCUUCAGGAAAACCGUUCCAUCUAGAUUUCCUAGGUGUAAACCUCACUGAUUACAUAAUAGUGUAUAUUUAUAGUUCUAGGACACCUUGUUCAGGCAUCCUGUUACAUUUCUACAUUAUAAGAUCCUUAAAUAUGCAUUGAAUUACAAAUAGGUCCCCAGGGAGAAGGCAAAAACAAAUGGCUUUUUCUGCAAGAAACUAGGACUAAUAUAGAUAUUUAGGAGCACUGAAUAUGGAGGAUAGAGUUAAACUUGAAGAGACACACAGAGAUAGAAAAGCAGCAACUGCCCUUUCAUUUGUAUGCAUGUACACGAUAUAUGUAUGGGUUUUUUAUUUUUUGCUUGAUGUAUUCAUUUCCAAAUCAAACUAUAAUGUGCUCUAAUUGGGUCUCUUUGUUCAGCACAUGGUUGUUGAUUUGAGUACUUUAUCCAAUUGAAAAACUGACAUUUUAAUUUUGUUAUUCAACUUGCAAUAGAUUAAAAACACGCAAGAUUGUGUAUUGUAGAUUUCCUUCAACAAUAAUUAUAUAUAAUUAUUUUAUCAAAAUAAACAAGUUAAAGUAGUUUUAGUUGUUUUGUCUCAUUUUACACUUAGGAAAAAAAUUACAAACCAGGGGCCAGAGUCUGGUCAUGUUUGUCAAUGAGGAAAGACAAUUUCUGAUUGCCAGUGCCACCAAAGCAUUGGCAGAUUAACACAGCAUUGUAGAUUACUUUCCUAGGAAGAGAUGCUCCUUUUUUCUCCCUUUCCAUUAUUUUGCUUUCCUUCUUUCCAUGGUGCAUUUUCCUUUUGUUUUCUUCCUUCUUAUUUCGAUGCAUAUAUAAACUUGAGCCUUUCUGCUCUCACAUUCUUUCUCCCCAUGAUCAUAAUUGUUUCUUCACUUUAUUCUUAAAAAAAAAAAAAAAAUAAGGCCACGUAAGUAUUUUAUCGAGAUUUCAUCUAUCAUUUAAGUUUUGUCAGAUCCAGCCUGCUCUUGCCUUACCAUGGGAGAAGGGAAAGGAGGGAGGAGUUUUAAGGGAUUUUAGGCAUCAGGCAGAAGUCUUAAGGGAAACUGCAAGGACCAACAGGCUCAGAAUUAGCUGUGCACUGCAAACAGAUGGUGUGUCCCUGAGGAGAUAGUGUAGUUGCCCUAAGCAAUUGGGUGCUUCCGUCUGAUUUAGCUUAGUCUCUGUAACUGGGAAAAAGGAAAAUCUCGUGGAAGAAAUGAGUAUAAUCACCUGUGAACCAUUCUAAACUAUUAUCUAGAGCCUAGUGAUUAUUGACUUGUAUAUAGAUUUCAUAAUUCUGCAAGAUAGUCUUCUGUGUUGUAUCAUCAGUUAUCCAAGGGAUAAAUAACAUCAAGACCCUUAUGCCUCUGAUAGAUCCUUUUAGUAACCAACCCACCACUUUCUUCAGUAGCCAAGAUGCUACUGUAUCAAUGCUACCAGCAAUUGGAAACCCAUAUUCCUAAUGCCAAGUCUCGGCAUGUAGAUUUUGAGGUCUGAAAACUUUAUUAGCUUUCUUACGGUACAUCUCAAGCCUAAGUUUUCAUAUACACGUAGUUUAGUCUCAGAGGGCAAAUGUUUCCCUGAAAGGAGUUCAGUCAACACUAGAUGCUUAUAUCUUUAGGCUCCAAGGGAGUCCAAAAUUUAAUGAUUAAAAAUAUUAUAAAAAUGCAAAUAUAGAAAUUAUACAAAAGCUCCUUCAUUUUGGCGGGCUGUUCUCUCCUUGCUUGGUUUAAUUCAGCUGUGUUCUUCUAGGAGACUGCAACCACAAUUUAACUGCUUUGCUUUGGUAUUUUGUUUGACAAGGGAGAUGAACAUUUCAGAUGAGACGGAGUCUCACUGUGUCACCCAGGCUGGAGUGCAGUGGCGCGAUCUUGGCUCACUGCAACCUUUGCCUCCUGGGUUCAAGAGAUUCUCCUGUCUCAGCUUCCCGUGUAGCUGGGAUUACAGGCAUCCGCUACCACACCUGGCUAAUUUUUUUUUUGUACUUUUAGUAGAGACGGGGUUUCACCGUGUUGGCCAGGCUGGUCGAAUUCCUGACCUCAGGUGAUCCACCUGCCUCGGCCUCCCAAAGUACUGGGAUUACAGCAUGAGCCACCGUGCCCGGCCUUCAAUUUUUUUCUUUAAGGCGUUACAGUGUUUCUGCCACCUCUGUACAAAAGACAAUUUUACUUGUGUGACAGAUGGGCUCUGCUUUGUCUCUGUCACAGAGACCACAGACAAAGUUAUACACAACAGCAUGUGUAUAGCUGAAAUUGACUUAAUUCCUCGAGAUAGGCCGUUUGUAUGUGCGCCCUCUUCAAAAACUGGGUCUGUGACUACAACAUAUUGCUGCAAUCAGGACCAUUGCAAUAAAAUAGAACUUCCAACUACUGGCCCUUUUUCAGUAAAGUCAUCACCUGGCCUUGGUCCCGUGGAACUGGCAGCUGUCAUUGCUGGACCAGUGUGCUUCGUCUGCAUCUCACUCAUGUUGAUGGUCUAUAUCUGCCACAACCGCACUGUCAUUCACCAUCGAGUGCCAAAUGAAGAGGACCCUUCAUUAGAUCGCCCCUUUAUUUCAGAGGGUACUACGUUGAAAGACUUAAUUUAUGAUAUGACAACGUCAGGUUCUGGCUCAGGUUUACCAUUGCUUGUUCAGAGAACAAUUGCGAGAACUAUUGUGUUACAAGAAAGCAUUGGCAAAGGUCGAUUUGGAGAAGUUUGGAGAGGAAAGUGGCGGGGAGAAGAAGUUGCUGUUAAGAUAUUCUCCUCUAGAGAAGAACGUUCGUGGUUCCGUGAGGCAGAGAUUUAUCAAACUGUAAUGUUACGUCAUGAAAACAUCCUGGGAUUUAUAGCAGCAGACAAUAAAGACAAUGGUACUUGGACUCAACUCUGGUUGGUGUCAGAUUAUCAUGAGCAUGGAUCCCUUUUUGAUUACUUAAACAGAUACACAGUUACUGUGGAAGGAAUGAUAAAACUUGCUCUGUCCACGGCAAGCGGUCUUGCCCAUCUUCACAUGGAGAUUGUUGGUACCCAAGGAAAGCCAGCCAUUGCUCAUAGAGAUUUGAAAUCAAAGAAUAUCUUGGUAAAGAAGAAUGGAACUUGCUGUAUUGCAGACUUAGGACUGGCAGUAAGACAUGAUUCAGCCACAGAUACCAUUGAUAUUGCUCCAAACCACAGAGUGGGAACAAAAAGGUACAUGGCCCCUGAAGUUCUCGAUGAUUCCAUAAAUAUGAAACAUUUUGAAUCCUUCAAACGUGCUGACAUCUAUGCGAUGGGCUUAGUAUUCUGGGAAAUUGCUCGACGAUGUUCCAUUGGUGGAAUUCAUGAAGAUUACCAACUGCCUUAUUAUGAUCUUGUACCUUCUGACCCAUCAGUUGAAGAAAUGAGAAAAGUUGUUUGUGAACAGAAGUUAAGGCCAAAUAUCCCAAACAGAUGGCAGAGCUGUGAAGCCUUGAGAGUAAUGGCUAAAAUUAUGAGAGAAUGUUGGUAUGCCAAUGGAGCAGCUAGGCUUACAGCAUUGCGGAUUAAGAAAACAUUAUCACAACUCAGUCAACAGGAAGGCAUCAAAAUGUAAUUCUACAGCUUUGCCUGAACUCUACUUUUUUCUUCAGAUCUGCUCCUGGGUUUUAAUUUGGGAGGUCAAUUGUUCUACCUCACUGAGAGGGAACAGAAGGAUGUUGCUUCCUUUUGCAGCAGUGUAAUAAAGUCAAUUAAAAACUUCCCAGGAUUUCUUUGGACCCAGAAAACAGCCACGUGGGUCCUUUCUGUGCACUAUGAACGCUUCUUUCCCAGGACAGUUACAAAAUGUUGUGUAGUCUACCUUUAUUUUUUAUUAACAAAACUGGUUUUUUAAAAAGAUGAUUGCUGGUCUUAACUUUAGGUAACUCUGCUGUGCUGGAGAUCAUCUUUAAGGGCAAAGGAGUCGGAUUGCUGAAUUAUAAUGAAACAUUUCUUAUUACUGAAGAAAGUGAUUUACUCCUGGUUAGUACAUUCUCAGAGGAUUCUGAACCACUAGGGUUUCCUUGAUUCAGACUUUGAAUGUACUGUUCUAUAGUUUUUCAGGAUCUUAAAACUAACACUUAUAAAACUCUUAUCUUGAGUCUAAAAAUGACCUCAUAUAGUAGUGAGGAACAUAAUUUAUGCAAUAGUAUUUUGUAUACUAUUAUUGUUCUUUCACUUAUUCAGAACAUUACAUGCCUUCAGAAUGGGAUUGUACUAUACCAGUAAGUGCCACUUCUGUGUCUUUCUAAUGGAAAUGAGUAGAAUUGCUGAAAGUCUCUGUGUUAAAACCUAUAGUGUUUGAAUUCAAAAAGCUUAUUUAUCUGGGUAACCCAAACUUUUUCUGUUUUGUUUUUUGGAAGAGUUUUUGUGGUAUGUCAUUUGGUAUUCUAUUUUGAAAAUGCCUUUCUCCUACCAAAAUGUGCUUAAGCCACUAAAGAAAUGAAGUGGCAUUAAUUAGUAAAUUGUUAGCAUGGUCAUGUUUGAAUAUUCUCACAUCAAGCUUUUGCAUUUUAAUUGUGUUGUCUAAGUAUACUUUUAAAAAAUCAAGUGGCACUCUAGAUGCUUAUAGUACUUUAAUAUUUGUAGCAUACAGACUAAUUUUUCUAAAAGGGAAAGUUUGUCUAGCUGCUUGUGAAAAGUUAUGUGGUAUUCUGUAAGCCAUUUUUUUCUUUAUCUGUUCAAAGACAGUGUUAUUUUUUUAAGACAUGAAUUACAUUUAAAAUUAGAAUAUGGUUAAUAUUAAAUAAUAGGCCUUUUUCUAGGAAGGCAAAGGUAGUUAAUAAUUUGAAUAGGUAACAGAUGUGCAAGAAAGUCACAUUUGUUAUGUAUGUAGGAGUAAACGUUCGGUGGAUCCUCUGUCUUUGUAACUGAGGUUAGAGCUAGUGUGGUUUUGAGGUCUCACUACACUUUGAGGAAGGCAGCUUUUAAUUCAGUGUUUCCUUAUGUGUGCAUACAUUGCAAUUGCUUACUUUACAUGUAAUUUAUGUAAUGCAUUCAGUGCACCCUUGAUACUUGGGAGAGGUGGUAGCUAAAGAACAUUCUGAGUAUAGGUUUUUCUCCAUUUACAGAUGUCUUUGGUCAAAUAUUGAAAGCAAACUUGUCAUGAUCUUCUCACAUUAAGUUGAAACUAGCUUAUAAUAACUGGUUUUUACUUCCAAUGCUAUGAAGUCUCUGCAGGGCUUUUACAGUUUUCGAAGUCCUUUUAUCACUGUGAUCUUAUUCUGAGGGGAGAAAAAACUAUCAUAGCUGUGAGGCAAGACUUCGACUUCAUAGUGCUAUCAGUUCCCCGAUACAGGGUCAGAGUAACCCAUACAGUAUUUUGGUCAGGAAGAGAAAGUGGCCAUUUACACUGAAUGAGUUGCAUUCUGAUAAUGUCUUAUCUCUUAUAUGUAGAAUAAAUUUGAAAGACUAUUUGGUCUUAAAACCAAAGUAAUUUUAGAAUGAGUGACAUAUUACAUAGGAAUUUAGUGUCAAUUUCAUGUGUUUAAAAACAUCAUGGGAAAAAUGCUUAGAGGUUACUAUUUUGACUACAAAGUUGAGUUUUUUUCUGUAGAUACCAUAAUUUCAUUGAAGCAAAUGAAUGGGUUUGAGAGGUUUGUUUUUAUAGUUGUGUUGUAUUACUUGUUUAAUAAUAAUCUCUAAUUCUGUGAUCAGGUACUUUUUUUGUGGGGUUUUUUGUUUUUUGUUUUUUUUUUUUUCCUGGGCCAUUUCUAAGCCUACCAGAUCUGCUUUAUGAAAUCCAGGGGACCAAUGCAUUUUAUCACUAAAACUAUUUUUAUAUAAUUUUAAGAAUAUACCAAAAGUUGUCUGAUUUAAAGUUAUAAUACAUGAUUUCUCACUUUCAUGUAAGGUUAUCCACUUUUGCUGAAGAUAUUUUUUACUGAAUCAAAGAUUGAGUUACAAUUAUACUUUUCUUACCUAAGUGGAUAAACUGUACUUCUGAUGAAUCAGGGAAUUUUUUUAAAGUUGGAGUUUAGUUCUAAAUUGACUCUACAUAUUACUGCAGUUAAUUCCUUUUUUGGCUAGGGAUGGUUUGAUAAACCACAAUUGGCUGAUAUUGAAAAUGAAAGUAACUUAAAAGGUGGGAUGGAUCAUGAUUACUGUCGAUAACUGCAGAUAAAUUUGAUUAGAGUAAUAAUUUUGUCAUUUAAAAACACAGUCGUUUAUACUGCCCAUCCUAGGAUGCUCACCUUCCAAGAUUCAACUUGCCUAAAACAUCUUCUAGUAAAUUGUGUGUCCAUAUUCAUUUUGUCAGUAGCCAGGAGGAAUGGGGACGGAGGAAAUACGACUUAGUGGGGCGUAGACAUCCCUGGUCCAUCCUGUCUCCAGCUGUUUCUUGCAACCUGCUCUCCUGCGUGCUGGUCCCUGACACAGAGACCAUUGCCUCCCCCACAGCCUUUUGACUGAAGAGCUGCUUUGGAGACGUAGAGUAAAACGGCUGAUGGAAGUUGUGGGACCUACUUCCGUUUCCUUCAGUCAUUAGAGGUGGUAGGGAGGGGUCUCUAAGUUUGGAGACUAAGCAGAUGAGGCUUGGGAUGCCCCUGCUUUGACUUCGGCCAUGGAUGAGGAGUGGGAUGGCAGCAAGGUGGCUCCUGUGGCAGUGGAGUUGUGUCAGUAACAGUGGCCAGUUGUAUCCCCUAUAAGACAGGGUAAGGUCUGAAGAGCUGAGCCUGUAAUUCUGCUGUAAUAAUGAUAGUGCUCAAGAAGUGCCUUGAGUUGGUGUACAGUGCCAUGGCUAUCAAGAAUCCCAGAUUUCAGUUUUUAUUACAAACUGUAAGUGGUCACUUGGCGAUUUUGUAGUCCAUGCAUGAGUUACCUUUUUUCUCUAUGUCUGAGAACUGUCAGAUUAAAACAAGAUGGCAAAGAGAUCAUUAGAGUGCACAACAAAAUCACUAUCCUGUUAGACACAUCAUCAAAAGCUUAUUUUUAUUCUUGCACUGGAAGAAUCGUAAGUCAACUGUUUGUUUCUUGACCAUGGCAGUGUUCUGGCUCCAAAUGGUAGUGAUUCCACAUAAUGGUUCUCUUAACACUUUGGCAGAAAAUGCCAACUCAGAUAUUUUGAGAUACUAAGGAUUAUCUCUGGACAUGUACUGCAGCUUCUUGUCUCUGUUUUGGAUUACUGGAAUACCCAUGGGCCCUCUCUCUCAAGAAUGCUGGACUUCUAGAACAUUAUGAUGAUUGUCAGUACAUUAAACUUUUCAAUCCCAUUAUGCAAUCUUGUUUGUAAAUGUUAACUUUUAAAAAUAUGGUUAAUAGCAUUCAACCUGUUUAUUACAACUUAGAAGGAACUUCAGUGAAUUUGUUUUUAUUUUUUAACAAGAUUUGUGAACUGAAUAUCAUGAACCAUGUUUUGAUACCCCUUUUUCACAUUGUGCCAAGGGAAUGGGGUGUUUGAUAUUUCUUCAUAUGUCAAGGAGAUGCUUCAAAAUGUCAAUUGCUUUAAACUUAAAUUACCUCUCAAGAGACCAAGGUACAUUUACCUCAUUGUGUAUAUAAUGUUUAAUAUUUGUCAGAGCAUUCUCCAGGUUUGCAGUUUUAUUUCUAUAAAGUAUGGGUAUUAUGUUGCUCAGUUACUCAAAUGGUACUGUAUUGUUUAUAUUUGUACCCCAAAUAACAUCAUCUGUACUUUCUGUUUUCUGUAUUGUAUUUGUGCAGAAUUCUUUUGGCUUUAUCAGUGUAAUCUCUGCCCUUUAAGAUAUGUACAGAAAAUUCCAUAUAAAUUUCCAUUUAAGUCGAAUGAUACUGAGAAGCCUGUAAAGAGGAGAAAAAAACAUAAGCUGCGUUUCCCCAUAAGUUUUUAAAAUUGUAUAUUGUAUUUGUAGUAAUAUUCCAAAUGAAUGUAAAUAGGAAAUAGAAGAGUGAUGCUUAUGUUAAGUCCUAACACUACAGUAGAAGAAUGGAAGCAGUGCAAAUAAAUUACAUUUUUCCCAA